GGUCCUGGUACUGGCGAUCUUAGCAGAGCCGUGUGCAGGAAUAAGCGGUGUCGGUUCUGAGUUACGUUCCAGCUGGUCCCGCUUCACCGUCCAUACAUCCUGGAGGUAUGGACACGUCACUGCGGGCAGCCAAUGAGAGCGCGAGAGGCGUGUAAGUCUCCAGCAUAGUGCGAGGGUGGAAGCUGACUAGUAGGACAUCAUGGUGCUCUCCGGCUCCCAGCAAUUGCUGCUGGCUGUCUCCCUGGCGCUGUGUGCCUGCUUUCUGCUUCCCAGGCUGUUUGGAGGAGGUGUGAGGGACACUGGCAAGCAGGACCCCAGGAGGAUGCCCCCACCCAUGCAUGGCCGCUCCCCACCCAAAGGCAGUCAAGGAAAUCCGCAUUCCUCUAGAAGCGUAUCGGAGAACACCAAUAACCUCAAUCUGAUAAAAAGCCAGAUGGACAAACAGAUGAAGACCGAGGGGACAGGGACGGGUCACAGCAUGGCAUUUACACUUAUGCCCAUUUAUGCUAUAGGGGUGGCAGUUUUUGCUGCAUACAAGUUUUCUAAAUCAAAUGAGAAGAAUAAAUCAAAACCCACCAAAGAAGAGAAAAAGGCAAAGGAAACGGAAAAUCAGCUCCUGGAGUUGGACACACACUUGUCCCAUACAGAGAAAAUGCUAAAUUCACUACUGACUCAGCUUGAACCCCUCUCCAGUUGUGUCAAUUCUUUGGCCGCUGAGAAGAAAGAUGACAUUAUGAAUCAGCUACAGUCUAUCAGACUGUUAAUGAAGAAAAGCGGGAUGGAUAAAUCUACUUUCAGUAACUCUGGAAAUGAGUCCUGUAAAGAUACACUUGAGGAUCUCAUUGAUUUAUUCAAUGUUCAGAAUCCUGGAAUCUCUGAAAUGGAUGAAGAAAAAGAAGAUGCUGUUUCAAAGCUUGAUGUGGACAAUCAUGAUUUGUGUGCUUCAGAAGAUCCAGAAGUGUCUGAUUGUAAAGAAGAAGACAGUUCUCAGCUUGAUGAGCCGGAUGUGACGCCAAGGCAUACGUCUGAAGGGCUGAGAAAACGUAAUAUAAAAGACUGAAGCAGAGCACCAUGUAUUUAGAUUUCUCAUCCUAAAUUAUGAUAUACAGAAAUCUAAAAAACUAUUUUACAAAAUGAUAAAUCUAAGGAAGUAUGUCAUAAGUUUUAUAAUAUAUUUCUUACUCCUCAA